AUGGACGGCCCUCAGGAUGACCUCAAAUGGUUUGGUCAAGGUUUCGAUGGCUUUCCUAAGAAAUUGCCCGAUGAUGUCGUGGAAUACACCGUCUUCAUCAUCGACUCUAGGCUCUCGGACAUCCAGACAAGGGAAAGAUUACAAGCCUUCCAACGCGCCCUGACCAUCUUGGAAAAGAGGUUCCUGAAGGAGUACAUAUGGCAGCGUGAUUCUCUUGCGCUUGACCUAGUCCGGGAAGAACAUCAGUGGCUAUUAAAAGGACGAUCUAAUUACGGUGAUAGCGUCGCAGACGAAUGGCUUAUAGUCUACUUCCUGCGUGAGUUAAGCAAGGAGUUCAAGGAUGCAUGGAUCCGCAUUUAUGACAGCGACGGAGAGUUUCUUCUAAUCGAGGCUGCGAACGCGCUACCAAAAUGGUUGAACCCUGAAGUCGCCGAGAACAGAGUCUGGAUUAAUAGUCACCGCCUACUGAUAAUUCCAUUGGGGAAGGAAGAAGACCCUGCCCCUUUGACGCAAGUGCAGGCUUUACAGAUUAUUGAUGAGACACCAGCACGUCCACAGCAGUACGGCAAAGUAGAGAAAGAAGCUUUUCAUCGCUUAGCUGGGUAUCCCGCUGCGAUAUCUGAAAACCAGCACCAUGCGACACUUCCACUACCAAGGAAGGUCGCGCAUAUCUUGCAUAUCAAUCCAUCCUAUAUCGCACCGGUGGUCGAAGCCUUUUAUCUCCGAGAUCCCAUCUCCAUCCGGCUUAUACAACCCGAAAAGUCCAGAAUUCCUCUCACAUUCCCGCCGGAAGAUUUUGUCGACGUCAGCGUUCGCUUUACCAAAGUCCUUUAUGCUCAGCUCCUAGGCCAGCACUGGGAGCCCCAGGCGCCAUGGGAUACAGCACUAGAGCAGCUCGCUAAAUCUGGUAAACCAAUUGAGAAAGCAGAAAUCGGGAUCAAAAUCGCAGCAGGCAUGCAAAUGCUCCUGUCACACUCCUUGUAUGCCUCUCGUAAACCGACGCGCGAGAUUGCGCUUCUUUUAGAAGAUCUGGAGAAUGGUGACGACACACUUCCCACUGACACCGAAAUUGCUAUUUGGCCCAAACGUGAAGACGAUGAGGCAUGGCUCAAUAUUGACUUCUCGGAGUUUGAGAAAGAGCUAGAAGGUAAAGGAAGUGGCGCAAAAGGCGCGUUUGGCGAUAAGAAUGCGGAGGAGAAUUUGAAAAAGAUGGUUGCACGCUUCAACGACUUCCUGGCUGACAAUGAGGCUGGUGCCGAGGGUGCCGAUGGAGGCCUGGACCCCAUGGAUGUAGACAACGAUUCAGAUGCUGGUGACAGAGGAUGGGAGGAUCCUGAAGAUAGUGACUCUACAGCUGAGAACGAUACGAAGAGCAAAGGCAAAGGCAAAGGCAAAGCGAAGACCAGCAAUGGCGAAGAUGAUGCCGGCACAGAUGAAGAGGAGGACGCAGAGGCUGAUGCGGAGUUUGCGGAAUACGAGCAAGCUUUCGAAAAGUUUAUGAUGUUGCCCGCAGCUGAGAAAGCCAUCCUCACUGAUGAAGCUCGUGCGUUAGCUCUCGAACAAGAUGCUGAGAAGGAAGAAGAUGAGGAGAUCCAAAAACUCACUGAGAUGAUGGAAGCUGAGCUCUUCAGCCACGGGGCACUGAACGUCAACUCCAAGCCCGACCACAAACCAGGAACAGGGCUUUUAUCUGAUAGUAAUGGUAAAGGCAAAGGAAAGCUCCAGGAAGUUGCUGAGGAGGAUGAGGACGACGAAGACGAUGAAAUCUUGGACGAAGACUACAACCUUGCCGAUAACAUGUUAAAAGCUUUCAAAGGCCAAGCUGGGAUGGCAGGCCCGGCAGGCAACAUGAUGAAGGCGAUGGGCGUGCAAUUUCCGCGGGACGCUGAUGAUGAGAUCAAGGGUGGUAGUAGCAAGAGUAAAGGGUUAGGCGGAGCCUAA